CAUUGGCUCCACUCGGUUGCCUCCCGACAGUGAAACAAGAACACCAGCUUGCGGGAGAUGCUUGCUACGAAACACUUAACCAAAUACCAAAACAGCACAACGACAAGAUCAGACCGAUGUUGAAAGAUUUAGCCCUAAACUACUCCGGUUUUCAGUACACCGUUCUUGAUUUCUACAGAGCCAUCUCUCGCAGGCUCGUGAAAGAUCCGGAAGCCGCUUUCAACAGCUACAGGUUCUCAAACACGAUCGACUCGUGCUGUGGAAUCGGAUCAAACAAUGCGUUCGGGUGCGGAUACAUCAACGUUCACUCGACUUUGUGCGAGUACCCCAGAGAAUACCUCUUCUUCGACAGCCAACACAACACUCAGAAGGCGAACGAGGAGAUUGCCAAUCUCUUCUUCAGCUGCGACAAAGACAUUGUCGGCCCGAUGACCCUUCGUGAGCCCAGUGUUUACCCGACCAGAACUAACAUGCUCGAGUACUAAACUAAGCGUGUCCCUAAAAACAAUGUCCCUGAGUUCAAUUAGGGUUUUGUAAUCUGAGGAAUAAGUCCGAGCUU